GAGAGAGAGAGAGAGAGAGAGAGAGAGAGAGAGAGAGAGAACGUUUGCAGGCAGUGUAAUUGACAAGGCUUGCAGUGGUGAAAUAAACACGCUCCAGCCCGGGCUCAGCUUUUAUUGCACAAUUCUUCCUCUUUUUGACGCAUUGCACAAAGCGCUCAUAGAACAGAUUUCAGUUACCUUCACCCGAUUCCUUAAUCCGUGUGAAAUUAUGUCCCGAUCGGCGCAGAUCCAGCCGGCAAGAUGAUGAUUUUACCACGGAGAGGCUCAGGUCGUGUACCCGACUCGGUGGUCCUGGUGAUCUUCGUGGUUGCCGCUUCUCUUGGUACCGUUUUCGCAAAGGAUACUGCCUUUGUGGAAGUGGUUCUGUUCGAGUCCAGUCCCAAUGGAGAUUAUACUACAUACACGACUGGUUUGCAAGGACGGUUCUCCAAAGCAGGAGCCACUAUCAGCGCGGAGGGGGAGAUCGUUCAAAUGCAUCCUUUGGGACUAUGUAAUAAUAAUGAUGAAGAGGACCUAUAUGAGUAUGGCUGGGUCGGAGUGGUGAAGCUGGAGCAACCUGAGCUAGACCCCAGUUGUCUCACCGUGCUGGGAAAGGCAAAGAGAGCAGUGCAGCGGGGAGCCACAGCCGUCAUCUUUGAUGUGUCAGAGAAUCCGGAUGCCAUCGACCAGCUAAACCAGGUUGCCGAGGAUCCUCUGAAGCGGCCGGUGGUUUACGUGAAGGGCAACGACGCCGUUAAGUUGAUGAACAUCGUCAACAAGCAGAAAGUGGCUCGCGCUCGGAUACAACACAGACCACCGAGGCAGCCCACGGAAUAUUUUGACAUGGGCAUCUUCCUGGCUUUCUUUGUGGUUGUGUCGCUGGUUUGCCUCAUUCUGCUCAUCAAGAUCAAACUCAAGCAAAGGAGAAGCCAGAGCUCCAUGAAUAGAAUGGCCAUCCAAGCCUUGGAAAAGAUGGAGACGAGAAAGUUUAAGGCUAAAGGGAAGGGCCAGCGCGAGAGCAGCUGUGGAGCCUCCGAUUCACUGAGCAGCAGCUCCACUUCGGACUGCGCCAUCUGUCUGGAAAAGUACAUUGAUGGGGAGGAGCUGCGAGUUAUCCCCUGCGCUCACAGAUUUCAUAAGAAAUGUGUCGACCCCUGGUUGCUCCAGCAUCACACCUGUCCCCACUGUAGACACAACAUCAUCGAGCAAAAGAAGGGGAAUCCGGGACCAGCGUGCAUGGACCCUGGUAACCCAGUCCACAGCCGGCAGCGAGUGGUGCUGCCGGUGCAUUAUCCCGGCAGGGUGCACCGUGCUGGCCAGGUGACAGCCUACCCAACCAGAACCAGCAUGGACCACCACGGCAACCCCAUCACCGUGCUCACUGUGGACCAGCACCCGGAUCCUCAAGGUCUGUACACACCCCAAUCAACAUCUGCCUUUCUCCGGAGCUAUCACCCCACCCUCCAUCUGGACCACUCACUCAACCCCCACCACUGCGGAUUAGAACACCGCGGACCCCCCGCCUACCCAGCACAGCCGCAUCACGCUGCUUUUAAACGACCCAAGUUCCAUGGUCGCAACUUUUCCCGACCAGCCUGCUUUUCGCAGUAUGAGACUAUGUACCAGCACUACUAUUUUCAGGGGUUGACUUUCCCUCAGCAGCCUGAGGGUGGCCAAGGGCCUGCUAUGGCAGGGCAGCUUGGUGGAGGAGCAGGGGCCCACAAGGGCCACCACAGCAGGGCCUUUCAGCAGGGGUUGUUAUACCCCACAGUGGUACACAUGGCACCUGCCUCUUCUUCGAGGAUAGGUGAGAACGGCAGCACUUCCGGCCUGAGCUGUUACCAUGGCCACCGCUCAGUGUGCAGUGGUUACCUUGCCGACUGCCCUGGCAGCGACAGCAGCAGCAGCAGUUCAGGCCAGUGCCACUGUUCCUCCAGCGACUCCAUGUUGGACUGUACUGAAGUCAGCAACCAGGGGGUGUACGGUAGCUGCUCCACCUUCCGCAGCUCACUAAGCAGCGACUACGACCCUUACGUCUACCGGAGUAAGAGUCCUUGUAGAGGCUCCAUGGGGGAAGCAGGGGCUGCCGCUUGCACCCCAGUUCCUGCUGAGGACUCGUUAUCCCCUAUUCCCCUGGGACAUGAGUGCCUACAGCUCCCUCCGGGAGCUCCGGGAUAUAACUCGGGGGACCACCUCUCCAACUGCAGUUUGGAGCCCAACUACAGCAGUCGCUCAUCACUGGAACCCAGGGAGAACAGCAACAUUAGCACUACCUCAGCCGGAGCUCCAGAGGCUACCGCAGCAGACAGGGGAACAGGGGCACAGGAGGAGUCGGGGGAGCUUGGGGCUGCAGCCUGUAGCUGCUGCUUCGAGGUGCUUCCUCCCAAUGUGGAGUGUAAAGGGCAGGACUCGGACCAAGCUGGGCCUCUGGCCACAGCACGCUUUCACAGGGGGAUGGAUUUUCAGAGCUCAACCUCCAAGAACUACUUUUCUCCUGAGCACAUGUGCCCCUCCUCAGAGCAGGUGAGCUACGAAGGGCUGCCCUGCUGCUUCUAUAAAGAGAUGAAGGUGCACAGGGCCACAAUGGGGCGCUACACCGAGGACUACGCUGUUAAUGUGCAAUAUGCACAUGCGGACUCAGAGGCCUGCUCUGGACAGGGCUGCUGUGAACUCAACCAGAGAAUACCCAUAAUUCCCGAGGACACAGAUUUUGAAUUAUCCACAGGGGCAGAAACCCAGAGCAGCUUAUUGCCCAUUAGUGUCACAGUGGAGGCAGAGGUGCGGACGGGGGAGCGACACGAGCCCAGAGAGGGGUACUUCACUUAAGGACAGUUUAGAGGUCUGCCGUACCCUCAGGAGGAGGAGACCCGGGCUUUGUUCCACCCUCAGCUCUCUGCCUGUCCCACUGCAUUGGGAAGCAGUAGUUCAACAAAUGAGGGAGGUGUGGGUAUUUGAACUAGAGCCCAGAGAGAAAGGACUCAGUCAAAAGUAUGUAUUUGGUACCGAAUCAGUCAGUCAAUCAUUAAAACCCUCAGCUGCCUUGUUCUAACCUUGCUCUUUGAGCGCUGAAUGUUCUCAUCUUCGAUUGUGUGGAUUUCUACUGAAAUGGCCUGUCAUUACUAGACAUUGUAUCAAGUUCAUUCCUGUGGCCACAAACGCCUCAGCACCAAGCUAUGUUACCAUAGCACUGAGACAAAGUGAUACUACAAAUAUGGAUGGAAGUUAACUGAAACUAGAAGUAGGUUGGUAUUGGCAUCUAUUUGCAGACUGUCUGCUGCCAUCAAGGGUUAGGCCUCUUCAUUGUAAUCCGGGCCCAUUUCUUGUGAGAUUUUUUGUCUCCAGAUUAUAUCAAGAACAAGAUAUCUAGAUUCCACCAUCUGCUCAAGAUCGUUGAAUUUUUCGGUAUUAAAAAAAAGUACACUCUUAAUCCACAAACAUCGCACAUGAACACUGACUGCCUGUAAAGCUUCAACCACCAACUCAAAUAGGUUGUACGGACAUAGCUAUACCAAAACAGAAAGACAUGAUUGUUUUUGUUUUCUUUUUUCAAAAGCAGGGAAAUGGGUCUAAGUGUCUGAGACCCACACAUUUCUCUGAGGAGAAGAAGCUAUAUAUUACAAGAUGAAA